CGAAAGGCCAUGAGAGAAGACAAGAGGAAGACCACAGCAGCCACCCGUCAGAGAUUUCAAAUUUUUUAUUCCAAAAUCCCAGAAAAUUACAAAAUGCAACUCGAAUCAUCUUCUCCUUCUCUUCAAUCACAUCUCCCUCUCAACAGCCCGAAUGUCUCUUUCCUCCGUCACUUUCUCCUCCCCCCCUUUUUCUCUCUGCCCAAAAUACUCCUCUAGAAUCCCAUGUUCCCAACAUUCAAAUCCCACCCUCCAUUGCAAUGUCCAUUUGAGGGCCCCACCAUCCACGAUGGCGCUCAGCUUCAGCUCCCUGGUCGACACCUUCACCGUCGAUGUCCACCGUGCCGAAGGCCGGCCGUUGAAUGUCCCACUGAUCGCGCCGUUCACGAUCGCCUCGUCGAGGCUGGAUGCCGUUGAGAACGUCGCAAUCAGGAUCGAGCUGAGCAAUGGGAGUGUUGGGUGGGGAGAGGCCCCUGUCCUUCCUUCUGUUACGGCCGAGGAUCAGGUGACUGCGCUGCGGAAGGCGGAGGAGGCCUGUAGUCUGCUGAGGCGGGCCAGGUCAGGGAGUUUGAAUUCGGCGCUUGGGGCGGUCGGGGAGCUGCUCCCAGGGCAUGAAUUUGCUUCUGUUAGAGCCGGAGUUGAGAUGGCAUUGAUAGAUGCAGUUGCUAAUAGCAUCCGGAUUCCUCUCUGGAGACUCCUUGGCGGUGCAACAAAUUCCAUAACUACUGAUAUAACGAUUCCAAUCGUUUCCCCAACUGAAGCAGCUGAAUUGGCUGAGAAGUAUGCCAAACAAGGGUUUAAAACCUUGAAGCUUAAGGUGGGAAAGAAUUUGAAAGCAGACAUCGCAGUUCUUAGAGCCAUAAGGGCGGCUCACCCCGACUGCUCUUUUAUCUUGGACGCAAAUGAAGGAUACAGUGCUGAGGAAGCCAUUGAAGUUCUUGACAAGUUACAUGAAAUGGGGGUGACACCUGUUCUCUUUGAACAACCAGUUCAUAGAGAUGAUUGGGAAGGUCUUCGCCACGUUAGUCAUGUCGCGAAAGACAAGUACGGAAUAUCUGUUGCUGCAGAUGAAAGUUGCAGGAGUUUGGUUGACGUUCAGAAAAUCAUACGGGAAAAUCUUGCGGAUGUCAUCAACAUUAAGCUUGCCAAAGUUGGGGUUAUUGGUGCUCUUGAGAUGAUCGAGGUAGCAAGGCAUGCAGGCAUGACACUGAUGAUUGGUGGCAUGGUCGAGACGAGACUUGCCAUGGGCUUUGCUGGUCAUCUGGCUGCUGGUCUUGGGUGUUUCAAAUUUAUUGAUCUAGAUACACCUCUUCUUCUUGCAGAAGAUCCAGUAGUUGGAGGUUACGAAGUUUCUGGAGCUGUUUACAACUUCACAAAUGCUAGAGGCCAUGGUGGUUUCCUUCAUUGGGACUCUGUUGCCUGAUGGUGGCGGGCCACAUUCAGAGAAGAUUUCUCCUCCAACAGCACAAGCAAUGGGAGUGAAGUGGCCAUCUCAUGGAGGACUUCAAUUGGCAUGCUACAUCACUGAAUCUGCCAUUCUUUGAAUGCUUCCCCCCAAUAAGUCUGUUUGAACUGAGAUAUUUCGCCUUUGUACGGAAAUAACGUCAUGAUUGCUGUUGAUGGGUGAUUGCUGGGUGCUCAUUUCAUCUCUAAUCAGUAUUUACAAGGCCAUCAGCCUCAUGGCUGCUGGAUCAAACGUUCAGCAAUCUGUGAUCUCCUUGUCUCAUGGAAGUUAUAUGAAUUGGUAGGUUAGGAAUUGAAUCAACCUCAGAACUAUUGCUUUUUAUGUAUGCUAGACCCUUCACUACUCUCAUUUACAUGUGUGGGUGGAAUGGAUUCUUAUAAAUGUGUGCGUCAUCAUCAUAA